CUGAACUCACAUGAAUCCAAGCCAACUGCAUAUUUCCGGGACUGCAAAGGCUACUGUUUGUCAAGCUAGCUACACAGGCAGCCACAGCGAUCGCAUUACACAGUAUUUUCCAUUGUUGUGUUGUGUAAUAAAGCAAAGAAAAAAUGAAAAAAUCAUCUUUGGAAGACUCUGUUUUCUCAGAGGAAAAUGAAACAGUUUCCCUCGAUUCAAGUGAUCACUCUCUGCUUAGUCCAGAGGCAGACACCUUUGGUUCAGAAUUCUUAAGUUUGGAGACUGAGCAUGAGCCGGAUGAAAAGAAGAAUAACAGACAGUCCUUUUCUUCCCCACAAAUCCUGAUUAAUGAUGCAGAGUUCCUAGCCGACCCAAGAAAGCUCCCUCUUUCAAGGUCAAAAACCUAUGAUUCCUCUCUAAAUCUCAACAUGAAGCUUGAAAGAAAGAAGUGGUCUUCUAGCCAGUUUUUGAAGGCCAAUGCCCAGUAUCACAAAGUUUUUAAGGACAUCCCACAUGAAGAGACCUUACAGGAAAGUUUUACUUGCGCCUUGCAGAAGGAAAUCUUAUAUCAUGGAAAGCUGUACAUUUCAGAAAAUUGGAUUUGCUUUCAUUCAAAGGUUUUUGGAAAGGACACAAAGAUCGUAAUUCCUGUGCUUGCUGUGACACUAAUCAAGAAGACAAAGACUGCCAUUUUGGUGCCAAACGCACUUAUAAUAGCUACUAUUACUGAAAGGUUUAUAUUUGUAUCACUGUUGACCAGAGAUUCAACAUACAAGUUAUUGAAGUCUGUGUGUAGUCAUUUAGAGAAUUUAAGCACCGGGAAUAGUCCUAACCCAUCCCCUGUUGAGCACAGCUUUCGAGGCGAGCGAUCUGCUACACAUGAUUUCAAUGUAGACUUUCCAGAACUGGAUGGUUUAAUAGCAAGGAAGGAUCUAGAAGAAUAUAGCAGUAGUGGUUCCCAGGCUACGGAAUCUGAACAUUCCCAAGAAUUCACUGAACCAGAAAAGUCAGUCUUUUCGAAGUCUCAGACAUCACUUGAUUGUGUUGGCGGUUCAGCUAAGCAGACUAUAGAGACUAAGAAUCAAGUGACUGAACAACGACGUGGUGUCAUGGGGUUGUUCCAGACUGUGGAUAUUUGGCAAACCAUUUCUCUGAAUGGCUUGUUGAUUUUGUAUGCAAUUCUAGUCUGCCUGUUGUUUUUCUCAACUCUUUAUAUGCAAUCAAGAAUUGGAUUUCUUGAAGAGAAGCUAUCCAACUUGAAACCUAUUAGAGACUCUCAUGCAAAAGAAUGGCCUCUAGAACAAGGCAUGAGCCAGUGGAAUAAAAAUGCGGACUCCAUAUGUGAUGAAUUAACAACCAACCUGGAAAAGUUGGACAAGAUUCAAAAAAAUCUGCAACGUCUCUUGGAAGAUGUAAAUUAGGAGACAGAGCUGAAACACUUCUUUGUGACCUCUUCUGUUGUAAUUGGCAUCCUCAACCUACCUCUGCUGGACAGAGUUCUCCUUUUUGUUUGUUUGUUUUUUUGUUUUG